GAACAGGGAGAAUCAUUUCAAUACACAUUUAGGUCAGUGAGCAGUUCCCAUGAUUAGGGAUGGUAAUCAGUCAUUAUUGGACCAGGCAUUCUGCUCCACUUCCACACUGCAUAAAUUGAUUUGGCUCACUGCAUCCACUCAAACAAUCCAUACACUUAUUUUGGGUCAAAAAGACUUUUUCCAUCAACAUUUGCCCCCUCUAUGGCUAAUUUGUUAUUCUAAACAAGAAACAUCGGUAGCAUUUACUUAGUUAAUGAGUUCUAAAAAUCGAAACAGCUUUUCAUUGUCUACAUUUCAUCCUGAUUACCUCUUUCUGUUACAGGGCUAUCUGGGGUGCUUGCCAACAUUUCAUAUUAACCAUUUGAACUGCAAAUUAAACUAUGAAAAUGGGGUCAUUCAUGUGGAAAGGGGCACCUCUCUCUAUGAAUGUCAGCGUAGUUAUUUUUAACAUCAUUACAUCAUUCAGAAUUUUUGCAAAAAAAUUAUACAGUCAAAGUUUGCAAGCACCUUGUUUUGAUAAAAUCUUCACUCUUAGGUUUAUAAUAUAUUUUUCUUUUAGAAAAUUACAAUUGGUAUUCUACUGUUUUACAUCUCAAUAUCACUCAUAUGAUAAUAGGAUAAUACAACAGUAGAAUAUCCUUUGCUCUAAAAUGUCUAAUUAAAGUAAUAUUCUGGGUCCAAUACAAGUUGAAGGAACUGUUCAACCCAAAAUGAAAAUUCUUUCAUACUCACCCUACUGGCAUACCAGAUGUGUAUGACUUUCUUUCUUCUGCAGAACACAAAUUAAGAUUUAUAGAAGAAUUUUUCAGCUCUGUAGGUCCUCACAAUGCGUGAAUGAAAGUGAAUGGGUGCCAAAAAUGUUAAGCUCCAAAAUCUACAUAAAGGGAGCACUUUUGUGGUAAUUAUGCCACAAAUGGUGUCAAUUGAUCUUAACUUGUAUUAAAACCUGAACAUUCUUUGAGGCAAUUUUAGCUAAUGAUAGAUCAAAAUAAUGUAAGGCAUUAAUGCAUAAUCCAUAAAUGUGCUUAUGUCAUAUUGUAUUUUUAAGUUACAUGCAUUAAGACACUUUCAAAGAUCACAAAAAACUGCUUUUGUCAUCAGCUGUUGAAUAGCAUUGUUGAAUAUAUAUAUAUAUAUAUAUAUAUAUAUAUAUAUAUAUAUAUAUAUAUAUAGCCCAGAAAUAGAAACCUGUUCAAUAUGAUUUUAAGCAGGUCAAAAUUUAGAGUGUUCACAUUUUUUGACCAUUACCAUAGGCCAAGCUGAGAAUUACGGAUCAAUAAUAACUUGUUGGUACAUUGAUUAGUAUAUAAAAGCUAAAGCAGGGAGCCACCAUUCAGAAACUGGCACAUUCAAGAAGAGGACAUUUGAACUGUUUGUGUUUUGACAGAACAUUUUAGAAGCUUUUUACUUAUUUUACUAGAAUUAGUUUAGUUUUGCAUACAAUAAAAUUACUACUGACAUUACAAUAUCAAGCGAAAGACAAUGAACCAUCACUCUUCAUGGAGAGGACAUCAUUGUGCCCCUGAAGACACCAACUGCACUUCAAGCUUGAAGGAGUCCUUAGGCGGCAGGAGCUAUAAGUUACACCACGUGCCAUUCCAUGGGCCAACCCACAGCCACCACCAUGAGCUUCCACACCCGUUUCCCACUGUGGAUGUUCCUGACCAUGCUCACUACAUCAUCGGCUCGGUCAUCUUAAUAGUUGGCAUCACUGGAGUGAUUGGAAAUGCUCUGGUGAUCUACGUGUUCUCCCGAAGCCAUACCCUUCGCACUGCGGGGAACAUGUUUGUGGUGAACCUGGCUGUGGCUGAUUUCUUCAUGUCUCUCACCCAGUCACCCGUGUUCUUUGCAGCCAGCCUGCAUAGGCGCUGGGUGUUUGGUGACCGUGCUUGUGAGCUCUACGCCUUCUGUGGAGCCCUCUUUGGAAUCUGUUCCAUGAUGACUUUGACUGCUAUUGCGGCUGAUCGCUGCCUUGCCAUAACUCAGCCUCUUGCCCUUGUAGGAAAAGUUAGUCGACGCAAAGCUGGCGCAGUGCUGGCUCUUGUUUGGCUCUAUUCUUUAGGCUGGAGCCUUCCGCCAUUCUUCGGCUGGAGUGCUUAUGUACCAGAGGGUCUUCAGACUUCCUGUUCAUGGGACUACAUGACUUUCACUCCAUCAGUGCGUGCCUACACCAUCCUCCUCUUCCUUUUUGUCUUCUUUAUCCCUCUGGGCAUUAUCGGUAGCUGCUACUUUGGAAUUUUCAGAGCUAUCCGAGCAGCCGGGAGGGAGAUAAGAGAGCUGGGUUGUGGGGAAACACACAAGGUGUUUGAACGUAUGCAGAGUGAAUGGAAGAUGGCUAAGGUUGCCCUCCUUGUGAUUUUGCUCUUCGUAGUAUCCUGGUCACCCUACUCAGUGGUGGCUCUUACUGCUACAGCAGGCUAUUCCCAUUUUUUGACCCCCUACAUGAAUUCAGUGCCUGCCGUUAUUGCCAAGGCCUCAGCCAUCCACAAUCCCAUUAUCUACGCAAUCACACAUCCAAAAUAUCGGGCAGCUAUUGCACGCUAUAUUCCAGUUCUUCGCCCUAUCCUGCGUGUAAGAGAGAAGGACUUUCAUUCAUCUUUCAGUUCCAGCAGUGCCCUCUCCUCCCGUCGUCCGACACUUACCAGUCAAUGCUCCCUGGGGGUUAACAUGGGCAAUGCUGCACGGGCUAAUGGCCGCUGGGGGAAGACCCGCUUGUCUUCUGCUUCGGACACUGAUUCCUGCUGGACAGAGAGUGAGGCUGACGGUUCCAGUGUGAAUUCCUUGACAUCUAGCCGCCGUGUGUCCACAGAGAUCUCUACAGAUACAGCCAUUCCUGCACAGUCCAGCAGCAGCAUCACCACCAGUGGGCAGAAAUUAGGGAAGUCGGACAAAGUUUUAAGCAUGCCUGUGGCAUCUAUUUCUUUUGAAAUGGAUACAUCAGAGGGGGAGCCUCUGUCUGACGGGAAGGCUUUCCUCCUUGGGGGGAACUAAGAGAAUAAUACAGUGCUACAGAUGGGUCAAAAUGUUGGUAAUAGUUAUUUUAGUAGUUGCUUUGGAUAUGACCUGUUACUGUAGUUUUAUUAUGAUUGUAUAAUCCUUGUGUCCUUCUUUAUUCCAAAUUUUGUUGUCUUGUUGUUUUUGAAAACCUUAAAAAAAAAUCUUGGUUAUGUGUGAAUUAAUAGGGAGCUUUUACUGAUUGUAACCAUUUUGUUCAGCUAACGUAGCCAUUUUAAAUGUUUGUUUAUUUAUAAAACUGAUAGUUUCUUUUAUCUGAAAAUAUUCUGAUGUAAAAUGUAGUGGUAAUGUAAUUAUGUUUGGCAUACAUU